AUUAUCAAUCAGUACAACAUAAAAGACAGUUCCGAAUCCUCUAGCUCAAUUUCUGCCAUUCUUACCUCUGAUCAUGUGACCAAUGAGGAACUGACUAUUUAUAGACAGUGGGCAUUUAUUUACGAAUGCAUAAUUAGAAAUGCCCACAACGUAGACACAAUUGUAACCGGAAGCAAGAUUGACCUUUCUGCAUCGACAGGAAGUGACGAAGACCAAAUGUUACAAGUCAAAGACACAGAAAUCGUCACCUCAGUAGACAGUGAUGAAAGCAUGGCGGGAAAUGUGAUCAUCAUGAACACAGACAAGUGUCCACCAGGAUAUAUGUUACUGAAUCCGUAUAAGCUUUCUCUGAAUGAGAUGGCACAUGAAACUAGAUCAUGUGUAGAAGCCUGCAUCCAAUCAAACAAUGUUCUUUAUUUGUCAAGUGAGACUUUCAUUAAUUACUAUAUGAAUAUGAUAGUAGGAAUGGAUAAAUAUUCCCCACCUUCUUUCCACGCCGGGUAUCCACUGCGUCAUGGUCCAUGCGUCAUGCUGAAUUACUCCAAAUAUGGAAAGGAUUCAGAAAUUGGUAUUGGUUUGAAAUGUUCCUCGUGGCCCAAGGAUUCAGUGGAGUGGAUAUCCAGGAAACGAAACUCUAACUGGCCAAACCAACUGUUGAUCAACAAAAUCAAAGUUAUGCCCUGUCAUGCUUUACCGGUGGGUUGUAUGCAGUCUGAGAAUUGCCAUCUAGAAUGGCGGUUUGCCUUCAUCUUGCCAGAGCGAGAGCUUAUCUGGAAUUUCAGCGAUGUUCAAAUUCAAUGCUAUGUUAUUUUUAAAACGCUGAAGAGAGAGGUUCUAGAUAAAAUUGUCCCUGAUGAAAUUAAUUCUUUUCAUCUGAAAACCAUUGUAUACUGGGUAUCUGAAGAAAUCCCUGUCUGUGAUCCAUCAAAUUUAACUAACUCUGUGAACGCUUGUUUAUCUUUCUUGAUCACAUGUAUCCGGAAGAGGCACUUGUCGCAUUAUUUUCUGAGAUCUCGAAAUCUUUUUACGGGCAAACUGGAGGAAGAAAUGGUGAGGGACCGUCUCAUCUCGGAAAUUGAACUCAUACAGGAGAAUAUCAUUGGCUUUUUAAUUAACUGUGAGUGGUGGUACAAAUGCGGUAGUAAAUUUCUAUUAUCACUGCGGUUGUUUGUACAAAAUGCACCAAAUGUGGACUUUCUUUCUGCCUGUACAGCUAUUUUGGAAACUGGGAACAGGAAAUUGCGACGUAACAAAUAUACCCAUGCCCGAUGUCUCAGUAUGGAGGUAACAGUAGGGAUUAUGUUUUUGCAGACAAGUGUUGAAAGUUUAUUGAAAGUUGCUAAAGAAGUGGAUGAAAUGCUGAAGACAUUGAUGGGUGACUUUGCAUUGAAGUUCGUGUCCAUUCGUAUUGGAAUGAUCUUUCUUGUGGAAGCUAAGAAAACAGCGGAUCUAGAAAUACGACGUAAGCUCAUCUCUGAGUCAAAGCGGUGCUUGGAAGCAGGAUUGCAACAUGAUGUUCUGGCAGCAAACAUGUAUUUAUUAACGUAUCACUAUCAAACAAGAAAUUAUAGUGUUAUCCAAAAAUUUAUGAAAGACCUAUUUGGCAGACGUGCAGCUAUUCCAUACAAAGGGACACCUGGCUUAUUUAUUUGUGGGAAGCGUUCAUUGCUUUCACCGGAUAUGGAUGAAACUGUAACGGUAGAAGAUAUGGCGAAUGAAAACGAUCUCGCUUUUGAUGUUAUGUUCAGUUGUUCGGAUAUAUCUUGCGUGCCCCCUGCUUUACAAUACGAAUGUGCUCUUUUGGGUGGGAGAUCUAAUUGGUGUUUUUGUUCAGUUAAUCCACUUGUGUAUGGCUGUUAUGUGCAGUUUCAGGUUGCGUUCAACUUAAGAGAUACAGAGCAAUUGUCUCUAUCACUAAGACAUUUAAAGUCGAUGGUGUUAUAUGUUGAAAAUGGGGAAGAGUGUUCGAGUGGAAUGCCUGUAGAACUUCAUCGGCAUUACAAUAUCAUGGGAUAUUGUUACAGUAUGAUCGAUGAUGUACCGAAUGCCAUAAAGUGGCUUACGAAGUCUCUGGAAGUCUGUCCAAUCAAUGGAAAUGCAGCAGCAUAUCACUUAUACAUUACUCUCUACAAACUAUUUUUGUCAGCACUAAGAGCGAGAGAGAAUUCCUUUGCCAGCCGCACCACGAGGGCUAAUAUUCCACCAACAUACCUGCCGGCGAACACAACAAAACUCGACCUAUUUGAAGAUUAUGAGCGGAAUUUAGCGCCAGAUAUAAGGAGUCUCAAACUCACUGCUUUCAAGUCUGUACGGGAGCUGCAUGAGUGUGCGCGUAGAAGUCGAGAGACGCCCGAAUCGAAUGCUGAACGUUACCACCAUUUCACGUUUGACUUCAGUGAGAGUGUGAGUCUCCCACAUCAUUACAACCAAAUGGGCCCGCUGAAUUUUCUAUCCCUUAGAAUAGUACACAUCAAAGAAUUUCGCUUAGAUAGUGAGCUACGGCAACUGAACUUUGCCUGGAUGAAAAUGAGAUCGGAAAAGAUGGCGGCGACGCUCAAUGCCUUAAUGCCGUGA